UCCAUCACCUGAGGACAUCUGCCGUGACAGUGACGCACCUCUCACCACCAGCUGACGUCAUGGUCGCAGCUGUUGCUGAAAUAUUUAAGCAUUUUCGUUGGAAACACGCGUCCAUUAUCACUUCCGAAAGCGGAUGGUGGCCGAGUGUCGCCUUACAACUGGAGACUGCUCUGAGGACGGCCGGAGUAACUGUCAAACAAAACGUCGUUGUCAGUAGUCUACAGAUUAGCCUUACCAUAUCCAGAAUUAGGCAGACAACCAGCAAAGCUUUGAUAUUGUGCCUGCCAGAAGAAAGUCCUCUGCUCAGUCAGCUGUUGGUGGCACUAGAUGAGAUCAAAAUGGCAGCUCUGCCGAAUGCUGCACUGCUCAUACUCAACUUCCAAGCGACCGGCCAACCUCGACUGCUGCAUGCCUUGAGUCCAACGGCCCGUCGAGCGACACUGCUGUUGCGUGUAGCUGACAGAAACAACAGCUUUGAUUAUGAGGAACAGGAGCACGUGUGGUUGCGGCUGAGACAGGCUCUGCAUGUACUCAACAACUCCUUCCUGCAACCACCAACACAGUUGAUACUGUCUGAUUGGGUCAGCAGUGUAUCAGCACCGGGGAACAAUCAGACAGGGCUGGGGCGGUGGCGUUCCCUCAUCUCCCUACACUGGCAGCAGCAUGUGACGGACAGAAUACAGCUGCAUGUGGUUCCUCUCGUGGCUCACACGCGGGAGUGGGCCAGAGUCAAGUACCAGUCCUCCACAUCUGUCGAAAGUCCUUCUGAAGAGAUAUUCUGCGAGGAGGACGUGUGUGUUGAAGACAAUGGUAUUCUGUCGGGAGGAGUUCAACUACUGGGUGUUUUGGCCGGAACCCUCACCUCUGUCACAAUCGUCGUGCUUGUUGCGGUGAUGGCCAGGAAACAAUACCAUAAACGACAGAUGACUAAAGGUCCAUGUAAGAUACUUUUGACACCAGCAGACUUUGUGUUUCCACAAGCCCCAGAAAGCAGAAGGGUGGACGAGGGGAUAGAAACAAUGCUGUGUUGCUGGUUACAACAGCUGCAGGAGUUUGGCGGACCAGAGGUGGACAAGCCAGAUCUGCUCAAGGGCUCAGUGGGUUCUCUCAAGUCUUCCACUCCCAAUCGACCUCUCAUCGUGGACCCACGAGCCAGGUACAAUGGAGAUCUUGUUCAACUGAAACACAUGCCGCCUCAAGGAAAUACAUAUGAGCUUAAAUCAAAAGCACUAGAUGUUCUAGUUAUGCUGCACGGUCUGCGCCACGAGAACCUGAACCCGCUGCUGGGUUGUCUGACCGAGCCAGCCAGACCCGCAUUGGUGUGGGAGUGGUGUAGCCGUGGCUCGCUGGAGGAUGUCCUCAUGCAGGACGAAAUCAAACUUGACUGGAGUUUCCGCCUCUCCCUCCUCACCGAUCUCGUCCGGGGAAUGCGAUAUCUUCACUCAGUGCCUCACAGGGUGCAUGGUUCUCUGACGUCCCGCAACUGUGUCAUAGAUGCUCGGUGGGUCCUCAAAAUAACAGACUACUGCCUUUCAUCUUUCUAUGAAGCACAGAAUAUAAUACCUUCUGCACCGAAGACAGCAAGAGAUCUGCUAUGGACUGCACCUGAACUACUGCGGUCAGAGAGUCUGCGGAGACAGGGAACACAACCAGCUGAUGUCUACAGCUUUGCCAUCAUCAUGCAGGAGGUGGUGGUGCGUGGAGAACCAUUCUGUAUGCUUUCACUUUCUCCAGAAGAAAUCCUGGAGAAAGUAAAGAAGCCACCUCCGCUGAUCAGACCAUCAGUGAGCAAGGGAGCAGCACCUCCAGAAGCCAUCAACAUCAUGCGACAGUGCUGGGCAGAGAUGCCAGACAUGAGGCCAGACUUCAACGCUGUCCAUGAUCUAUUUAAAACACUAAAUCAUGGCAGGAAAGUAAACUUUGUGGACACAAUGUUCCAAAUGCUUGAGAAGUACUCAAAUAACCUAGAAGACCUGAUAAGAGAGAGGACAGAACAACUGGAUAUGGAGAAGAAAAAGACUGAACAACUACUCAACAGAAUGCUUCCAAGUUCUGUUGCCGAGAAGUUGAAGUUGGGUCAGCCUGUGGACCCGGAGGACUUCAGUGAAGUCACCAUAUACUUCUCUGACAUAGUUGGCUUCACUACCAUAUCAGCUUACUCCACUCCAUUUGAAGUUGUCGAUUUACUGAAUGACCUUUAUACCUGUUUUGAUGCUACAAUCAAUGCUUACAAUGUUUACAAGGUGGAGACCAUAGGGGAUGCCUACAUGGUGGUUGGGGGCCUGCCUGUGCGCAUGUCAGACCAUGCCAACCAGAUAGCAACAAUGGCGCUUGACCUGUUGCACCAGAGUGGCAAAUUCAAAAUUAGACACCUACCAUUCACACCUCUGAGACUCAGAAUUGGUUUACAUACAGGUCCAUGCUGUGCAGGAGUAGUGGGGCUCACCAUGCCACGGUACUGCUUGUUUGGUGACACUGUCAACACUGCAUCACGCAUGGAGUCUACUGGUGCACCAUGGCGAAUACAUAUCUCGGAGGCUACUAAGAAGAAGCUUGACGAACUUGGGGAGUACCAACUGGAGUACAGGGGGGAGACAGACAUCAAGGGCAAGGGCAAGAUGCCAACAUACUGGCUCCUUGGCAAAACAGGAUUUGAAAAAGAACUCCCUUCCCCACCUCCUCUUGGAGAAAGCCAUGGGUUAGAUGAAAGUCUGAUCAUGUACGGACGCACAGGUCCUACGGAAACACCAUCAGGAGGUCACACCCCUCACCGUUACUGCUCUGAGGAAAGCAGUUCUUUUGAUCUGUCUCUAGAGGUACCAGUGGUUCACCAGACUUUUUCCAGGACCCGUCCUUCCGGCCUCAUCACUCAGAUGUCUCUGGAUCCUCAGCUGCUGGAGAGCCAUGGGAAACAACAGGAAACCCGAACGGAUGACAAGCCCGAGCGGAAGCGUUGGAAGCGACAAAUGACUUUUGAUCAGGGCAAUGUAACAAUACACGAUGUAAAGUCUCCUGAACCUCCGGUGAAAAAGAGUUUGUCAACUGAUCAAAAAAUGUCUAAUGCUGGUCAAUCGGGCAUCUCUACUCCAUUCUCCAUGUCGGAAGUAAAUAUGGACCUGUUAGGAAUCUCAUUUGUAAACACUUCUAAAAGUACAACGAACUUGAAUUCGGCAGGGAAAAGAGUGGACGAGAAUGACUUAAGCACCCCGUACAACCAUUACCGCUGUCUGUCACCAAGUGAUGCAAAGCCACGGUUAGGGAACAGUUCUCGGUUCCUCAAGAGACAGUUUAGUGUUGAUCGAGAGGACAGCACCGAGGUGAAGAGUACACCGAGGUUAUUCAAGCAGAACUCUGCCGGAGCGGCCCAUGACCUGGAGAGGAUUGAGGAGGUACCGCUCAAACAGACGAACAGAGCUGACUGCUACAAACAUCGCUGUGAGCUGCCUCCUCUGUCCGUCUCUGUAGAGUCUCUCAACUAGUCACUGUGUAGGUAGCUACGGACACCAAUGUCUGUCUUUUGUAUCAUUAUUUUUAUUAGAAUAUCCUCAUUUUGCAUUAAGUUAUGUUGCGUGUUAUAUUCAAAACACUAGUGAUCUUAGAGAGAGCUCCUAGUAAUAUACACCUAGCAAGUAAUGGACUUCACAAGCUAAACUUUUGCAUUGCAAAAUUUAUCUCUAAAUUAAAAGCUUAAUACUCUAACUCUCAAGGGGCAGAGUAUCAACCACUAUUGUGCUGAGCAGCAUUGUUUGACAGCAUAGGCUCAGAGUAUGGGUGUUUUAAACUCUACAAAUUAAGUUUUUUUUUUUUUUAAGAAAAUGUUAUGGCCAAGAAACACUAACUAACAAUAGGCAUUUUUAGGUAUUUUCAAAAGAUUGAUGAAAUUAAAUGUCUAGAAGAAUGUAUUAUACCUUACUCUAUUAAAAGAAUUAGAUACUUAAAAUAAUUAGAUAAUGAAUAUUUUUAUUUUUAUUUUACCAAUUUACCUUAAUCUUAAUCAUAAAACAUUUAUAGUUUUAAACAUUGAAAAAUCAAUUCAAAUCAUGAAAAUUAUGUAAUAUUAUCUGUUAAGGGAGGAUAUUUGUCCAAGAUACUGUCAAAAUGUAACUUUAUUGAAAUUAUCAAUACAAUUAUAAUUCUUUAUUUAAAGUCGGUUAUUGAUAAUGGAAGGUUUGAAUGAAUAACUGAAUUUCUCAUGCAUUUGCCAUCGUUAUGUAUUAUAAAAAGGUAUAACAUAAUGUUUCGAUGAUAGGAAUCUAUCCUCUUCAUCGGAUGGGUGAGAUAUUAAUACACACAAAAAUAAAGAACAGAAAAAAGAAAAGAAGGGAAAGAAAAGGUUUCAAACAUACCCAAAAGCUGCUUGGAGUUCCAGUUCAGGCGUUGUCACUGCAGAGAAAUCAAAUCCCGAGCACAAGUCUCGAGUACAAGCAUCACAAUCAUACAUCACACCACCAAAAGCUAAAGUGAGAUAAUGAUGAACCAUAAUUAUAAUGGUUUCGUCUACUGCAUUAACCUAUUUUUAUAUAUUAUUUUACCUUGAGCAAAAAUUAUGAAAAUUAUAUAACAUUUUCUUAAUGUUAAGUGAGGAUAUUUGUCCAAAAUACUGUCAAAAUGUAAUUUUAUUUAAGUUACCAAUAUAAUUAUAAUGGUUUUAGCUACUAAAUCAACCUAUUUUAACAAAGUCAGAGUCCAAAUUUAACAUGCAUUAUGUUUUAUUUAUUAUGUUAAAUCAAAAUACUUGUAAUAUUUAUAGUGGUAUUUAUGUACCUACUGCAACAUUAUUUAAACUAUGAUAUAUUUAUUUAUUUGACAGCUAAAAACACUGUUGAAUUAGUUAGCAUUAUAAUGUAUAUGGGUAUAACAUUUUUAAGUAAUAACAAAACAUUCUUUAUUAUAUUUUAAAUUGUAUGUAGUGCCAAAGUGUUAUUUUAAGGAUGUUUUUAAUUGAAAUAUACAAAGAUACAUAAAGAUUGGUACAUACAGGGUGUCCCAUGAAGAGGUUCAAACGUUUGAUUUUAUAUUAAUUACCUAUUUAUGCACUGAAAAUUUUCAAACUGUACACAAUUAAUAAAGUAGGUUUCAAAAAUAUUCUGAAAUUUUAGCUCUCUAGCAAUUGUUAAUACAAAAUGGUGGCACACUGAACAUUUUUAUCAUUUGCUUCCUAUAAAAAUUCAUUUCUUCAAUUACCAGAUUUCAUUAUUGCGUUGCAGUUUUAAAUAACAGUUCUUUAAUAAUGCUCAUUGUUGAAAACAGUUGUUUCAUUAAAAAUAUUGCUUGUGCUAUAAAAAUAUAACCUAACCUCCUCCAUU